AUGGGAAACGCCCUCAUUCUUAUACUCGGUACCACAACGUUUGUGCUGUUGGUUAUAUUUACCAUUAAUACUGUGUUCGCUCAGGAGCUUGUGGCCCGAAAGGUCGGUGAGUUUAUCACGAAAAAUUCCAAGUUGACGGUCACUUUCGAGCACGCUAUCGUGCCUGGAUGGUCAGACGGAAAGAUUUCGUUUAAGAAAUGCUUCGUCAGCAGAAGACCAAAAGCUACGAGACAAUUUUCCAAAGGAAGCCAGGCAGAAGCCUAUGCGAAGAGUUUGGAUCCGUCAGAAUCAGAAGGAGAAGUCUUUGAUGACGGCAAUUAUACGCAAUUCGACUUGACUAUAGAGGAAGUUAACAUGUCUCUAUCGUUUAGGAAAUGGGUUAAUGGAACAGGUAUAGUGGAUACAUUAGAAGUGAAGGGCAUGAGAGGUGUCGUUGAUAGAACCCAUGUUCAUUGGGACCCAAACGACGAUGCCAGAAACUACAAAAAUGUCCAUCAAUUUGGUGAUUUUGAAUUCAAUGACUUUAGAAUGGAAGACGUUUUGUUCACACUUUUCCAGCCUUCGAAUUUCCGUCCUUUCAGCGUGGCAAUUUAUAAUUGCGAGUUAGCGAAGCUUCGCAAGCAUUGGCUUUUCUAUGACUUCCUCAAUGCCAACAUUAUGAGUGGCUCAUACGACAAUUCCCUUUUCACGAUUCAUAAAAGGCAGAGACUUGAUGACUUCGAUGAGGUCGAUGGUUCAGGCCCUAAAGUCACACAAUUACCUUGGAAACGAGUUACAAGACUUCGUGUCGAUUCUCUUAAUAUUGACCAUCUAAAUACUGGCUUGGAAGGCCCAUUCGGUUGGAUCACAUCAGGUAAGGUGGACAUGAUCGGAGACGUCAUGGUUCCUGAGCAAAAUAAGGACUUCCACGUACUGGAAAUUGUGAGUAUUAUCAGUCAGUCCAUCAACAAGGAAGCCUCCAGAUAUGUCAACCCGGACUCUUUGAAUAAGCAGGACCAUAUGCUUCGACUUACAAACGGAAACACCACUGGCUCAGAAGAUAUCUCGCAAUAUUUUGUCCUUGAUUUGACAAUGCGUCUUAAUAAUGUUAGAGCACUGGUGCCAUUCCAAACUCCAGAACUAAGCUAUGUUAACUAUGCACUUAUUCGACCCAUUGUGGGAUACAUUAACCUGAGAAAUGCCUUCAUCGAAGUCAAAUCUCGCAUUGUGAAGAACAUUGAAGACUUCAGUGGUUCCUGGACCGUCUAUGACUCGCUAUUAAUGGACGAUAUCUCUGAAGAAGUCUAUGACGGGUUUGCUAACUAG